AUGAACAAGACAUUGUUCUUGCGUAUUGUGCAUCGUCUCGAGCAAGAAGUGGAUUAUUUUAAACCUUCAGAAGAUGCAACCGGUCGGUCUAGCCUAACCGCGCUCCAAAAAUGUACCGCAGCUAUUCGUCAGUUGGCGUAUGGUGGUGGGGCUGACACCGUUGACGAAUAUGUCCGACUAGGUGAAACCACAGCUAGAAAAUGUUUGCACCAUUUUACCAACGCGAUCAUCCACUUGUUUGGUGAUGAAUACCUUAGAUCUCCUACUCCGGAGGAUCUGCAAAGACUACUUUAUAUUGGGGAACAACGUGGAUUUCCGGGAAUGGUUGGAAGCAUCGACUGUAUGCAUUGGGAGUGGAAGAAUUGCCCUGCCGCUUGGAAAGGAAUGUAUUCACGAGGAACCGGAAAACCGACAAUUGUGCUGGAGGCGGUUGCUGACUACGACCUUUGGAUAUGGCACGCGUUUUUUGGAGCACCAGGUACUAUGAACGAUCUUAAUAUUCUUGAUCGAUCACCUGUUUUUGAUGACGUUAUUAACGGAAUAGCACCACAAGUCAACUUCUAUGUUAAUGGUCAUCCAUACCAUUUGGCCUAUUAUCUCACUGAUGGGAUUUAUCCUGACUGGGCGACUUUUAUUCAAUCUAUCCGUCUACCACAAAGUGACAAACAUUCAUUAUUUGCUAAAACCCAAGAAGCUGUAAGGAAAGAUGUGGAACGUGCCUUUGGAGUCCUGCAAGCUAGAUUUGCAGUCGUCAGAAAUCCAUCUAAUUUAUGGGAUAAACACAAAAUAGGAAAUAUUAUGAGAGCAUGUAUCAUCCUCCAUAAUAUGAUUGUCGAGGAUGAACAGGCAGAAAGGACACAAUAUGUGGUUCUUGGAUAUGAAGAAAGUGAAGAGGAAAGAUUUUCCGUCAAUAUGCCUUCGCCACUCGGUCACUCUUUUGGUGGAUCUUGA